AGCGCGUGCGCUUCCCCGCCCUGACGCAAGCGAUUUUGGGGUCACGUGGUGUUUGUGUGGUGCGUACGCGGCGCAACUGGAAGCGAAGAUGGCGGACGACGAGGAGGCCGAGCAGGAGCCCCGCGGCCAGAGUCGCAGUCCCUCCGUCCUGCGAGCGCUUUCGGGCCGCCUGGAGGAUUUAUCCGCGACGCUGAGGGCCAGCGCGGAGCUUGCGGAGGAGGACGAGGCCACUGCGCGGUACUGCCGGGCUUUCUGUCAGACCCUGGUGGAGUGUGUGAGUGUGUGGAGGUCGGAUGAGGACCCGUGGCCCGUGUUGGAGAGUUACCGUGUGGCGUUGUUGAGUUUUGCACGAGUUUCGGCGCACCUCUCUGUCCAGAGCGAGGACGUCAAUGUGGUCCUCGAGAGACUCUCACUGAGCUGUGUGGAGCUGCUGCUCUCCAUACCUGAGGCUUUUCCAGAUGCAUUGUGGGAACAGUUUCAGUCCUCCAUACAGACGGCUCACGCGCUACUGCAGGACCACGGCAUCACUCGGCUGCGUCUGCUCUCCGCAGCCACUCAGGAGCGAGGGAUGUGGAGCAACAGCACACUACAGAGCCUUCUCCGAAAUGAGACGCCUCCCGCAGCAAAAGUGCGUGAGUUCCUGAUGCGUGAAGGUCCGGAGCUGCUGCAGCUCAGGGUGAAGUACCUGAUUAAAGAGAACUCCGUGGACAUGGCAGCGCUGCUGGCUAAAGCCUGUGCUGAUUUCCACGAGUUCGGGGGAAGUAGAGGACACUUUAAACAGAGCUACCUCGUGUGUGUGUGCUCUUCUGCACCUCAGGAGAUGCUCAUGGAGGAGCUCUCCCAGGUGGACUGUCGGGACGCUCUGGAGAUGAUCUGUAACCUGGAAGCAGAAGGAGAUGAGAGAGGAGCGUUUACGCUAUGUUCGGGUUUCCUGACCCGACAGCUCCUGCAGGAGGACUCCUACUGCGCCUGGGAGCUGACACUUUUCUGGAGUAAACUCCUGAAGCGAUUGGAGCCUUCAGAGCAGAGCUUUCUGGAAAAAUGCCAGAAGAUGUCUCAACUCGCCAAAACGGUGUUCCACCUGCUAUUCUUUAUUAAAGUGAUCCAGUCUGAGUUGGACAAGAUCGGACUGCCAACCUGCAUCGAGAUGUGUAUACGUGCCCUGCGAAUGGAGUCCUGCGAGGGAGCCAACAAGGCCACCAUCUGCAAAACCAUUUCCUGCCUCCUGCCUUCUGACUUGGAAGUGAAGCGGGCCUGCCAGCUAACGGAGUUCCUCCUGGAGCCGACGGUCGACUCAUACUACGCCGUGGAGACUCUCUACAACGAGCCGGACCAGAAGCUCGAGGAGGAGAACCUCCCCAUACCCAACUCUCUACGCUGCGAUCUUUUCCUAGUUUUCAAAACUCAGUGGCCUUUUGAUCCGGAGUUCUGGGACUGGAAGACGCUAAAGCGUCAUUGCUUGGGUCUUAUGGGUGAGGAGGCGUCGAUCGUGUCCUCCAUCGAUGAGCUGAACGACGAUCGGUGCGUAGAAGCGGACCGAGAGGACUUGGACUUUGCACCGGAGGAGUUCAAGGACGUUUUUGAGUGCUUUUUGGACACAACAAACGAACUUAAGGAAAUCGCAGACCAGCGGCAAAAAAACAGAGAAGUGAAAAAGUUGAGGGAGAAAGGCUUUGUGUCGGCCAGGUUUAGAAACUGGCAGGCGUACAUGCAGUACUGCGUGUUGUGCGAUAAAGAAUUCCUCGGCCACAGAAUAGUGCGACACGCGCAGACUCACUUCAGAGACGGAUAUUACAGCUGUCCGAUCUGCACAGAGACGUUUGAAACGAGAGAAACUCUAGAGCCGCACGUCGCUUCGCACGUGAAGCUGUCUUGCAAAGAGCGCUUAGCUUCGAUGAAAACCACUAAGAAACUGACGGAUCCUAAAACCCCUGAUAUUACAGCUCUGAGAAACAAAAGCGGAGAAAACCAGGCACGGAAAGCCAAAGCUAAAACCUGCAACGGAGAGUCUGUCCAGCUGUACAACGGAGACGCCGUGUGCUCUCAGUCCGAGGUCACCGGGGUCAGGGUCAACGGGAGAGAGCGAAAUGUCUGUCCUGUUCCAAACUGCAGAAAAGGGUUCAAGUUCUUUCGCAAUCUUCUCACCCAUGUGAAGGAUCACGGCGAGGUCGAGGAGGCCAAGCGCUUCCUGGAAUUGCAGACCACGAAGAUCGUUUGUCAGUAUUGUCGGCGUCACUUUGUCAGCGUCAGUCACCUCAAUGACCAUCUUCAGGUCCAUUGUGGCGCUAAGCCUUACACCUGCAUUCAGGUGAACUGCAAAGCUAGCUUCGACACCAACGCCGAGCUCCUCGUGCACAGCAAAGGACAUCCAGUCUUUAAGGCUAAAUGCAUGUUUCCUGGUUGUGGAAAGACUUUCAACGAAGCGUACAAACUCUACGACCACGAGGCGCAGCAUUACAAAACGUUUACUUGUAAAGUGCCUGGCUGUGGUAAAGUGUUCCACGCUCAGUCUCAGUUAGAACUGCACGAGGAGAGCCAUAACGCUCAGAAAGUGGAGACGCAGACCGCUGAGAGCAACGACGCUCGUCCUGUAGAGCCUCAGCCACCUAUCUCCGGUGAACCAGCCAAGCAGGAAGUUCAGCAAGAUGUCUAUCCAGGGCCUCCAGUAAACCCCAGCUGCAUGAUGAGCCCUGCAGAUCACCCAACGAGUCUGGUGAAAGUGAAGCACUCUGUUGAAAACAUGCUCAGACCUGCUGGUCACGCUCCCACGCAAGCGUUCGGCCUUGUAACGUGCAAAACCGAGCCACCUGACCCAAAACUCGUGCAGCAGCAGCAGUCGCCGCCCCCGCCACAGAUCCCACGCGUGGAGACCCAGCAGAUCCCACGCGUGGAGACCCAGCAGAUCCCACGCGUGGAGACCCAGCAGAUCCCACGCGUGGAGACCCAGCAGAUCCCACAACCUCCAGUAAACCCUCCCAUGCCUCACUUGAACGAACCCAGACCCGAAGAUUCCCUGUUAGACGCGCUAAUGAACGAUCCAAUGCUCACUCCGUCGUGCCCGCUUCCACCAGCGUCUUCAUAUCAGAGCCUCCUAGAAGACUUCCAGCAAGCUCCAUCAGGAGAUGUUUUGCAAGCUCAGAUGGAGUCUGCGGUUUCACAGGGUCACACCCAGCCCUUGUACAGUAGCGAAAAUGCUGAAUACGGGCAAUACGACCCCAAUCCUGUAACCCCCAUUCACACGCCAUACCCAGUCCCGUAUGGGAACAGUAUGGUACCCUUAAUGCAGACUGCUCAUAACGUUCCACCGGUGAUGCCUGUGUCUCAGAGGCUUCCUGCACAAGUCACCCCUUUCCCCACCAACAGACCGGUACAGCCCCUGCAGGCCAACACGCUUGGUUCUGCAGUCGAGGAUAAGGACCGAUACAAAUGUGCAUACGAGACAUGUUCUCGAGACUACAGCUCUUACAGAAGUCUAACCAAACACAUGAAAGCUGCUCACUGUGAGUUUUAUACGCAGUGGAAACUGGCACGGAGGAACAAUAAAGUACCCUCGGUCACCAGCAGACCGGCGUCCAUGAACGGAAAACGUGUUCCUUCAGAACCCUUACAGAACCAGCUGGGUCAGAGAACUCCUGCUCCUCUGACACCGAUGCAGAAACCGCCCGCUCAAGUGCACUACCCAGCAAGCUGCCUAAACUCCAGUUACCCCUCUGGGUCUUCCCAUUUAACCGGUCUUCCUGCUCAGACUUUCCCAAACCAGAUGGACAGCAUAUUGGAUCCCAUUGUGCUCUCACAGUUAGGAAAUGCCGCAAAUCAGCCUGAUCUAGCUCCUCACGCUUCAUGGAAUUCCGUCCCGAUGAACAGUUCGCUCCAGCAGCAGAAUUACCAUCCUCAAGCGAUGACGUCUUCUGUUGGACAUUUCUCCUCACAGAUGGACGUUACGUCUCAAUCCCAAGUGCCAAAUACCUAUAAUGGGGAAAUGGGCUACCCCUCUUUCCAGCAUCAAAACAACCCCUCCUGCCGCUUCUUCCAGACCCGACCAGAUGUUACCGUAACCACCAACAAUCUGGCCAAAAUCGGCCAUCCCAACGGCUCUUCUCCACCUCACUACGUCCAGCAACCCAAGCCCAACUCGAUACCUGUAGUCAAGCAUACAGAGUGUGUCGUAAAACUGGAGAGAAACACAGAUUUGGUUCCGUCUCCUCCAAACAUGUCACAACAAAGCAACCCUCCUGCAGCCAUGAACUCUCAAACUUCUCAAGACGACACUGGCGGCAGUUCCUCACACGAUAGCGACGUCAAAAAAAGGAAACGGAGCAGCAGAACGAAGUGGCCUGCCAUCAUCAAAGACGGAAAGUUCAUUUGCUGUAGGUGCUUUAGAGAGUUCCAGAGUCCUAAAUCUCUUGGAGGACAUCUGUCUAAACGUGCGGUCUGCAAACCCUACGAUGAAGCGGUUCUGUCUGCAGAUCUCCCUAGCUCGUUUCUUGAGCUUCUGAACUCCCCUCAUCUGUCAGAUACGCCCCAGUCCUCGCCUUCUGCACAGGUCGGUUCUGCUCAGACUUGGCCUUCGCUGAGUAAAGGCCCCCUUGACCCAAAAUUGUUUCCAAAUGUCACUUUUCUGAACACUAAAGAUUCCACGUACAACACUGACAGUAAACCGAGCUCCAAAAGCGUCCAGCAGAAUUCACCGAGUCUGGCCGAGUCUGUUGGUGCACGUCAGCAGGCUUUUGCAGAAUCCUCUCUCUCUUACCUUCAAGACAGCCAAAGCAGUGUGAUCCAACACACGGGAAACAUCAAAGACAAGCGUGGUCCGCAUCAAAUGAAUUACAGCCAGUCUCGCACCCCCUUACCAAGUGACACUGCUGCCUCAGAUCAACUUCUGUCUCGUUUGCUAAGUGAAAACCAAACCUCUGACUCAGACUUCAGCAGGAGUCCCACUAAUCCCAUCGACAGAAUCCUUCAAGCUGAAACACUAAACAAGAUUAAGGAGAUUAAGGACAAAUCUACCAUUACAAACGCUAGUGGAUUAUCCAACGACGGGCUUCUCGCUGCCAUGGCUAGUCUUGCUCAGAACCUGGUGUCGGAAAAGAGCGUCAAGGAAAGGCUUCGUGAACAGAUAUUAGCCGGAGACUUCCAGAAAAGAACCGGUUUGUGCCAAGGUCAAGGUGUCGAGAACUCUGCUUUACAGAGUCCAGCGAUGGACGUUUCUCACCACUCCACGCAUGUCAUUCAAAAAGCUCAUCACAGUAACGAGCCUGUACGAGGUGGAGGCGGUGCUGAACUUGGUGAGUGUUACACCUCAGCUGGAAGCAUCGUACCUGACGAGACCUCCAGGCAGAUUCCCCCGCCUUGUGCUUCUGACGCCAAUCUAACAAACGACGCGUUUAAUAAUCCACCAGUACAACAACACGACGACAUUGAUGAUGAAAUCACAGAAAUUCAAAAAGCUCUUGAAAGACUGGAUCUGGAUAGAGAAAUCCGAAACCGUGACCAGACCCCUGUUAUACCUGUAGAGACGGAAGGAGUCACUAAGCCCUCAGAAGCUACGUACGCGCUCAUGGUACGAGGCUAUUCCUGCGACAACGACGGCUGCGGUUACAGAGCCAUGACUAAAGAUGCGCUCUUCAAACAUCUCAUGAAGCAGCAUAACUACACAGAGGACAUGCUUAAUCAGUGUCGGAAGGAACAGUCCAACUUUGCGCCUUUUAAUUGUCAACUCUGUCCCAAGACCUUCACGCGGAACUCCAACCUCAGAACCCAUUAUCAGUCCGUUCACAAUUACUCUCACGAGCAGGUGGUGAAGAUGGGGAUUACACGCCAUUACAGUCGGAAGUCCUCGGAGGCUGAUCAGAGUCUGUGUACCACUUCGAAGGUCUCGGAUUUGCUCGGUCUGAUGGUUCCGAAGGCGCCCUUUUCUGGACAGCGGCAGCAUGCUGAGACCGGUUCUGUCCCGGGUUUGAUACCUGGUGUCGGUAGCAUUAAAACAGAAUUCAACUUUCAGCCUUUUAAACAACAGCUUCCUGUCGCUUCCGUGGACCCUGGUGUCCCCGGGACGAUACUGAGAGCACAGACGAUUCCAGAUCAUCUCCAGAGUCAGACUACUGCGCAUGCGUCAGUGAUUAAGGCUGUUCCUGCCUUGUUGACGUCCUCGAGUGUGGAGCAGCAGUUAAAUCGGCCGAACGGGUUCGUUCCAGGAUCUCUCGCACCUUCUCACACCCAUGGAAUGCUCCCUGGGGGUCUGUUGCCUUCAGGUGCACCACCUGUUGCCCAGAGUCCUUCAGUCUCAGCACAGGUAUGUAACCUGUCCCCGGAUAAGAAGUCCAAAUUGGGAAGAUCUAAAAUGCCAAAACCAAAGGAAGUGACCAAGAAGGCGAAGGAGAAGAAGAUGGACCUGGACGAUGUCUUUAGCCCGUAUCGGCCUUACCGCUGCGUCCAUCAGGGCUGCGUGGCCGCCUUUACCAUUCAGCACAAUCUGAUUCUUCACUACAAAGCAGUGCACCAGUCUGCCCUUCCCAAAUUCGAAGUUAACGAUGAGGACGAGCAGAUGGAGGAGGAGAACGAGGAGAACGAGGAGAACGAGGAGGAGAACGACACACCUGACGGUGAAGUCUGUGAGGUGACGGAGUUUCGAUGUCAGGUCAAAGACUGCUCCCGAAUAUUCCAGGCCGUGACAGACCUUCUGCAGCAUUACCUUCAGCUCCACAAGCUUAGCCUGGACAAAGCAGGCGUCAUGAUGUCUGGUAUGAACCUGGGCAGGUUUCGGUGCGACCAGCCGGACUGUGAGGUAACCUUCACUGGAUUCUGGAAGUACGUUAACCACGUUGAAAGCGAACACAAGAAGGUCAAGCUCUCCAGAUCUGAGCCUGUUGAUGGGAUGUUCCAAUGUGAGGUGGAGGGGUGUAGCUGCGUUUAUACCACACGGUCCAACCUACUGCGGCACAUCAUGAAAAAACACCAAGACCUUUACAAACUCCGCCUGCUCAACUCGAGAGGUGUCCGACUUGGCCGUCCUCCGAAGAACAGUUUAGUCUCGCUUGAGAAGGAAAAUCGGGAAAUUCAUAAAAAACCUAUUCAGAAAGGGGGUGAGAAAAAGAGACGGAAACAAAAGAACCUCUGGACGAAAUACGGAAACCCCAUUUUGAAAACGAAAGAGGAAGCCUCCGCCAUGUGCACCAAGAGGAUCCAGUUACAGUACCCCUGCAUGCUUAAAGGCUGCGAGACGGUCGCCGAGUCCGAGCGGAGGCUCAUGAAGCAUUACGUCCAGCACGGCCUGCCGAAACAGUACCUGGAGCAGCAGAGGAGCAACUACAUCUUCUGCAAGAAAAUGGCUCGCUCCAAGUACAAACGCAUCGCGUCGAGAAGCGACGAUACCGACAAAUCUGACGAGAGCUCUAUCGAGGCGUCCGAGAACGAGGGCGCCGGACCCAGCGAAUCGGAGUUCUCGAAGCCGACGUCCGAGAAGGAGAGCACCGAGGACACCGAAGUUUCGGACGCUAAACUGUCCAGCGACCUGAGCUCGGAUAUCUCCGUGGUGGUGAAGCGAAAGAGAGGGCGUCCACGCAAGGGAGAACGCGUCAAACACUUGCAGAUUGCACGCAAGAGAGUGACGAGGUUAAGAGCGGCACAGAAUCACUCCGUCAACUAUGCAGACAUCAAUUCUGACUCCGCUUCGUCUGGUGCCGCGCCGCCGGAGCGAAACGCCACACUGAGCUCCUUCAAGCCCAUGGGCUUCGAAGUGUCCUUCCUCAAGUUCCUAGAGGAGUCGAGUCAGUCCGCCGGAAAGAGGAAGACGGCGACUUUAUCGGACCUGCAUGCACGCAGGAAGUUCCCGACCGUGCACCUGAAGACGGCCUCGGUGGUGUGCAGCCGGAUCAAUCCUGACCAUCACUGCCGAGAUGUACUGAAACUCGUGGAAUUUAAGAACCCUCAGAAACUCACGUCUCUCAGCAAGGUGACGUUCGAGGUGCACAGAGGCUUCUCGAACGUUUUCGAACUCUUGCUCAAGCAGCUGCAUGACAUGCGUCCCGCCGUGGUCAUUCAGAAAGAGGGCGUGUCCGACAUUAAGGGGUAGUUCUCCUUAUAGCUCCAGUGUUACUGCGAUGUUUAAUGAGUUCAGUGGGUUAUUAACUGUGGGGAAGUUUUCCACGCCCGUGACGCUGAAUGCUCCUGUUAACGUCUGCUAAUCCCUCGACAGAGACUGUGUAUUAAACUUGUUUUGUUUAAAGUUGUUAAUGAAAACAGUUAAUGAUAUACCUCUUACGCAUGCCCUUAAACAGUUAUCCGGCACAUGUUGUUGAUGUUGGAAAUGAACCUUUAGAGGACGAUUUGAACCCGUAGCGGUUCCCCGUAGGAGCUAGCUUCUGUUGGCGUCGGACCGGUGGCCCUGUAGUGCGGUGGUGAGCUGUAGGUGGUAACCAUUUUAGUCUUGUUCAUCUUGCAUUGUAAAUUUUGAACGUCUAUAGCGUGGUGUCUGUGUGUGCACAUACUGACUCUCCGGAUAAUUUACUGCCACCAGCAGUCUGUACCUUCAACAGCAGAGACCAAUUUAUUACAGCUUGCAUUUUCUA